ACGAUGGGAGAAGCGCACGAGGGUUAGGGCGGUAAAGAAGAAACGAAGCCAGAGAAGAGGGCUGUUUGCGGAGCAUCCACUGUUCCGAAACUAUUAUACUUAGAAGAUGGAUCGGUACCAGAGAGUGGAGAAGCCAAAAGCGGAAACACCAAUAAACGAGAAUGAGAUACGGAUUACGACUCAAGGUAGGAUGAGGAGCUAUAUCACAUAUGCCACGAGCCUACUUCAGGAGAAAGGAUCAAAUGAAAUUGUCUUCAAGGCAAUGGGAAGAGCUAUCAACAAGACUGUAAUGAUCGUGGAGCUAAUUAAGCAGAGAAGAAUUGUUGGUCUUCAUCAGAAUACAUCAAUUGGUUCCACUGACAUAACUGAUACUUGGGAGCCCCUAGAAGAAGGCCUCCUUCCUCUCGAAACCACUAGGCAUGUCUCAAUGAUUACAAUCACCCUUUCAAAGAAGGAGCUCGAUAAGUCAUCUAUUGGGUACCAGCCCCCUUUACCAGCUGAUCAGGUGAAGGCACUGACGGAAUUUGAAUAUGAAGAUGGUUCACCUGGUGGUCGAGGAAGGGGACGUGGUGGUAGAGGAAGAGGAAGGGCUAGAGGGAACGGAUUUGUGUCUGGUGAAUACGGAGAUGGAGGUUGGGACAGAAGUCGAAGCUUUAGGGGCUGGGGCCGUGGAAGAGGGCGUGGCUUCCGUGGGCGUGGAAGGGGAGGAUACAAUUACGGUGCCCCGGCUGAUACCCAACAAGAAGCAGUAGUCAACCAUGAACCACCUGUUCAAGGCCGAGGGCGUGGCCGUUGGAGGGGACAGAAUCGUGGAAGAGGCCGUAAUGUUCAAUCCAAUGGGCCGAUCCAUGUAGUUGCUGGAGGCGCUUGACUUGCUCCCUCCAAUGUAUUGAUCCCGAUUGCAAGUUAUUGCAUUUUAUAUGCUGGAUUGGAUGCCUGCUCCAUUUUUUCUCUCUUAUCUUUUAAUUUUUCUCCUUCGCUACUAUUUUUAAUUUAUCAUCCCAUUUGUGAUAGGAUAGGAUGUAUUGUGUAGCAACGUUAAAUGUAAACCCUGUAUUUGAUGAAGCCGUCGUAGGACGGCAACGUCGACGUGUUUUUGUAGGUGGUUUAGGAUUUCUCAUUCUGACUUUGUUGUAGAAUUUUGCUAACCGAGCAGUACAUUCAUUCAUUGGUUGGUUUUUUUUUUUAAUUUUUAUCAUCUUAGGUGAUUCGUUUUUGUUAAAUUGACUUGUUCAAUUGAAAAUGUUCUUAGCUUGUUCACUUUGA